CUCCCGGUGCCCGCCAUGCUCUCCGGGGCGCCGCCGCCUCCCGCCGGCUUCCCCAGCCCGGCGCCGCCGCAGCCGCCGCCGCCGCCGCCGCCCGCGGCUCCCCCGCACGGGCCGCCGGCGUUCCCGGGGAAGGGCGGCCUGCAGAUCCGGAAGAAUGCCAUCACGGACGACUACAAGGUCACCACGCAAGUGCUGGGGCUCGGCAUCAACGGGAAAGUUUUGGAGAUCUUCAGUAAGAAGAGCGGCGAGAAGUUCGCGCUGAAGAUGCUGCAGGACUGCCCCAAGGCCCGCAGGGAAGUGGAGCUGCACUGGCGAGCGUCGCAGUGCGCGCACAUCGUCCGCAUCAUGGACGUCUACGAGAACCUCUACCAGGGGAGGAAGUGUCUGCUCAUCGUCAUGGAGUGCUUGGACGGCGGGGAGCUCUUCAGCCGCAUUCAGGACAGGGGAGACCAGGCCUUCACAGAGCGGGAGGCUUCGGAGAUCAUGAAGAGCAUUGGGGAAGCCAUCCAGUACCUGCACUCCAUCAACAUCGCUCACCGGGACGUGAAGCCGGAAAACCUCCUGUACACCUCCAAAAGGCCCAACGCCGUGCUGAAACUCACCGACUUCGGCUUCGCCAAGGAAACCACCACGCACAACUCCCUGGCCACGCCCUGCUACACGCCCUACUACGUGGCCCCAGAAGUGCUGGGCCCGGAGAAGUACGACAAGUCCUGUGACAUGUGGUCCCUGGGUGUCAUCAUGUAUAUUCUGCUGUGCGGGUACCCCCCCUUCUACUCCAACCACGGCCUGGCCAUCUCUCCUGGCAUGAAGAAGCGAAUCCGAAUGGGCCAGUACGAGUUUCCCAACCCUGAGUGGUCCGAGGUGUCCGAGGAAGUGAAGCAGCUGAUCCGAAACCUGCUGAAGACAGACCCGACCCAGCGCAUGACGAUAACGGAGUUCAUGAACCACCCCUGGAUCAUGCAAUCCAUGCAGGUGCCCCAGACCCCGCUGCACACCAGCCGUGUGCUGAAGGAGGAGAAGGACCUGUGGGAGGAUGUGAAGGAGGAGAUGACCAGUGCCCUGGCCACCAUGAGGGUGGACUACGAACAAAUCAAGAUCAAGAAAAUCGAGGAUUCCUCGAACCCUCUGCUGAUGAAGAGGAGGAAGAAAGCCAACGCCCCCGAGCCCGCCGCGCUGCCCCACUGAGGGCCCCCGGCCCGCCGGCCCUCCAGAAAGCAAUAACUAUAUAUAUAUAUACACAUAUAUAUAUAUUUUUUAAGGAAAAAAAAAAGACAAAAAGAAACAGACUGUUCUAUCGAGCGCAUGGAAUUCAGACAUUUAUACCAGACUAGUUAUUUUUAGCUACUCACCUGUGUUUCUGACCUUUCUGGGGCAGGUGGUGAGAUUUUUCCCCCCCUCCCUCACACCCACACCUGCAGCCAGGGAUUUUUGUCCUGUAGGUGAACGCCGCCGAUAAUUGGAUUUUUUUUUUUUUUUUAAUUUUUAUUUCGUGAAACAGUUUUGAUUUAUAUACGUAUAUAUUUUUUUCCCCCCCCCCUCUCUCCUCCUCCUUCUUUCCAAAGACACGGAAACUCCUGUGGUGACCUUUUUAGGGUAUGUAACGUAUAAAUAUUUUUUAAAAACUACUGUAGAGCUGGAACCCAGACAGCGUGUUCCCUGUGUGGAUGCUGGCUAGAGACAGGCUGCAGGCCUGGCAGCGGCUCGGGGAGGGAGAGCUGUCAGCUGUCCUCCCCCCUGUGCUGCUGGCCUCGGAGCUGGGGGGGGGUCAAAUAAAUCACAGGAGCCAAAAAAAAAAGCAGCGCCGCGCCCCUCGCUGAGCUCCCCGGGUCUGUCCGUCCGUCCGUGUGCGUCUGUCCGUGCGCCCGCAGCUGCUCUGGCCUCAGGGGUGGGCAGGGGAGCCCGCCGUGCCCCCCCAGCCCUGCAGGGAGGUGCGUGUCCCCCCUCAGCCCGUCCCCAGGGAGGUGCAGCCCCGGGGGGACCCUGGGGGCAGAGCAGGGGUGGAGGGGGCGCAGCUGGAGCUGGGGGAGCGGCGCUGACCCCUCCCCGGCCGGGGCUGGGGGUGCUGCUGCUGCUCCCCGCCUCGCCCAGGGUGGCUCCUGCGGCCGCUCUGAAGUCUUUAGUCCAUGAAUGAUUAUUAUUGUUGUUGUUAUUGUUAUUAUUAUUGUUAUUUGUCACGACGUUUCACUUCGUUAAAUGUGUUUGAAUGGGGAAAAGCGAUUUUUUUUUUUUUUUUUUUUUUUUUUAAGGCGAUGUUUAGUUUUUAGGCGAUCUUUUAGACUCCGUAUGGAAUUUUAAUUUGUUUUGAAAACCGGUUUUUAUCCCUUUUUUUCCUCUCUUUUUUUUUUUUUUUUCUUUUUUCUUUUUUUUUUAAUUAUUUUUUUGCCUGUUGGCUUAUACUAAUCUUCCCAGUCUGCUCUGCAGUCCUUUGGAUUAAAGACACUUAAA